AUGUCUCGACAAUCCAAGGGCAACAAGUUCGGUGGAGACUCUAUUCUAGAGUUGCACAAGGGCCUUACUCAAAAGUACGGUCUUUUCAAAGACAGAAUCGAGGCAAAUUGGAGAUCUUUUAGCGAGGCCAAACGCAUCAAUAUCGUCACAAGUCGGGCGCCCAUUGCUAAGGGUAAAGGAAGUGCACUCUUUCCGGAGGCGAAUGUAAAACAACUCGCCAAGUCAGGGCCAGAGCAUUUCCUUGGCUUGUUGAAGCAUCGAGCAACCACAAAGCUUUGCGACCAGUACCUCGGAGCCAAAGGUGAUAUGCGGUUUGUCGGUGAUGGGAUCCUCGAAGACAGGCUGUUUUGCGAUGAGAGUCUCCAUCACUCUCCCGUCUUCAUACUAUUCUCCGACGACGUGUAUGGCCGUGAGAUCAAUACCCAACAAACAUUACCACCAAGAGUACAAGAAAGAGUAGACUUCGAAAAGCAAACUGGAGCAUGCAUCGAAAAGAAGGUGGGUGUCUUGGUUCUGGAAAGACAAUAUGGCAUCUUACAAAUUCUCAACUUGAUGGUCGAUGCGAUCUUGGACACCAAUUCGACACAGGAGGUGGCCACAGAACGAGCCAAGCGAUCAGAGGAUGUUGCCAGCACAGCAUUAUCAAAGCUCUCCAUCUACAAUAAGCCAAUCAAAGCCACCUUGAAGGAUAUGCUGGAACGAGCUGUUGAGCAGAAGGGAAACAUGGAAGAUCAUCUGGACCUUUGCCGUUCCGAGCCAACGAUAUUUCAGUACAUGGCUCAGAUAUGGUUCACGAGCAGACCAGAACUUGUGAAGGACAAUAAGGGUGCAAUUGCAAAACUUGGCGACAAGUACAUUAGUCCUUCCAUUAUGAACAUGAUGAACAAUGCUCUCUUGGGUACAGCAACUUGGUCGUACAUGUGUGUACUACUACAACUUCUCAUCGAUGCAGGUGACGACAAGAUCAAGCGACCAAUUGUCCUUCAAGAGCUGUCCAAUGUAACGAACAUGGAAUAUCUUCGAGUCCAGAAGAUUUUCAAGCGUCAUGUACAAAUGGGAUGUGGCGCCAAGGACUUCAGGCGUGUCCCUGGUGUAUACGACAACGGAUUCGCACGUACGAACAUGAAAACCGAUCCUAAGGAUCUCACUGCGAGCGAUCCCCAACUGCACUACAUUCUCCGCCUCUGUCAACCCGAAACUAGUGCAAAUAAAGCUAUCCUUUGGGUCAAGAAUAUGGAUGGCCUAUACUCGGCGCAUCCCGAAGACAUGGGUAGGAUGCUAGAGAGAGAGUGGGAAGCUUACGGCGAGCUAGUUGUAAUGAUCGGUUUCCUUGAUGCUCUGUCGACAUGUGUUACCGUUCCAGCAGCCAACUCUACCAAAGGCGCGAAUUUUGUCAACAAGGUCAGAGAAUUAACACAAGAGCUGGAUGAAGUCAAGAACAGCCCUGAUUUUGAUCUGACCGAAAAUGCGGUUCCUCUUAGCAUGCUUGCCGAAGAUGAUAGAUCUGAGCAAGUGUUGGCUAAAUUGGAUGAGAAAGUUGUCGAAAAGGCAGGUACAAAGCUGGGAUUUCUGUGGGAUGAUCUUGUGGAGGAUAGUUCAGCAACAUUCAAGAGCUACUGUCAGCAACAGAAGCAAAAGGCAAACCAAGGCACGAAUUCCAAGGAACAAGCACCACCACCAUCUACCCAGAAGCUUGAUCUAAAAGACUUGGUCGAAGCUCGACAAGAAAAGGAGAAAACUCGCCCUGGCCACUCCUCUUUCUACAUCAUUCCUCAACCCGUCGUUGCCCCCGAAGUCGUCGAAGUAUUUCCAGCCAUCAAGAUCAAGGUAGCUACGUUUGCUGUCUUCCAAACCAUCUUUUCCACUGGCCAAGCUCAAGGCACAGGCACAGUGGCAUGGGUAGCGUUCGAAGCAGCAAUGAUUGAUCUGGGAUUUUCUGUAGAAGCCACCGGUGGAUCGAUAUAUCUGUUCGUUCCUGCUCCAGAGACGGCAGACUUGGGAAUUCCGCAACGACCUUGCACCCUUCAUCGUCCUCAUAGCUCGAAGCUUGAGGGAAAUCAGUUGUUGUACUAUAGGAGACGACUGAUGAGAGCCUAUGGUUGGAACGUGGGAACUUUUGAGCUUUUGUAA